UCAAAAGUUAAUUAUUACGGAGUAUUGAUUUCAAAAGCUUAAAAUUAAACAAAUAUUUUGGUAUAGAAAGAUGCUUUGUUUGAGAAUAACAUUUUCAUUUAUGAAAUGAGUGAGGAAAAUGAAUAAAACUACUUCGUCCUAAUAUCUGUGCCGGAGCUCAAGGAAGUACUUCCAGUUUAUAUGCGAGUCUAGCCUCUAGAGCAAUGUCCCGUCUUCUUCAUUCCCUGAACCGCCAAUGCGCUUCCCCGUCCACGUCUUUUCCCCGCGCGCUCGCCCAUUUUCGCCGGUCAAAGUCUAACAGCUCCGGCGGCGGAGAAGACGAUGUCCCACACCCACGCCUCAUAGAGAUCGACUUGGAAUCGUCGACCACGGAUCGGGAUCCUGCCGUCUCCGGCAUGCAUAUGCUCGACGAUGUCAUACACAGCCUCAUCCUGCGCCGAUCUGCCCCAGAUUGGCUCCCUUUCCUCCCUGGAUACUCCUACUGGGUCCCUCCUCGCCGUCCCAGCAACAUCGUGGAGGUCGUCCGCAAGAUCUCCGCUGCUAAAGCUCGUCCCUCUCCUCUUUCAGACGAUGAAUUGAUGGCUGUCACCUCGCCUAGCGGCUGGCCUUCCUCCAACUAUUUUUUCCAAGGGAGUGCCCCCAUGUAUCCGCUUGCAUCACAAGUGAUAGAAGUGAAAGUGAAGCUUCAGGAAAACUUUGACGACGAAUCUGAAUCUGAAUCUGAGGACGAGGAAGACUGAAUAGCUUAAAUUUGUAGAUUGGGUCGUUGGGGCUAACAAACAAGCUUUGUGAGGCUGGGGAAAAAUAUGAAACUGGCAAUGAAGGACAAGAAAUGGCAUACUAGAGAUUGAGAUUGAGUUCAGCACAGUGGAUCCAUGCUCCCUCCUUACGCCUUAAACAAAAUACUAUGCACUAAGAAAUGCUGUUUGGAUAAUAAACCUUUGUAUAUAAUUGAAUCUGACAAUCAAGACUUUUUCUGUUUAAUGUUUGAUUCUUAAUGUUAUCAAAAUAAUCUAUAUUCCUUACACUUCCAUAACUUGGCUCUUUUCCCAAAUCCAUUCCAACAAAGCCCCCAAACACUUGUGUGAGAGUGUCCCACAAGUCAUGUCAUCCACAGACACUGGCAGAAAAUGGUCUUUUCUCACAAUGUUCUUUGCAACCAAUUCCAUAUGUAUCAUGGUUUGCUUUCUUGAAAGUUCUGUAAGUACUUGUAUCAAAAUAAAGUACUUUGUACUUC